AGUCAUCACAGAGGGGUUUCCAGGGCGGGAUUGCAACCUUGCAUAUAGCCAGCUACAACUUUAUUUUCUUUACCUCCCAUCCCCCGCCUUUUUUUUUUUCUUUCUUUCUUUCUUUCUUUUUUUUUUUUUUUUUCAGAGAAAGGGGAAAGGGAAAGGGAGAGGCAGGGAAAAUUGUAUUUGUCUCCUUUGCUAACCAUAAUUGAAUUAAAGUUGUAAAAUGCCUAGGAGUUUAACACUGACCAGGCAGGUUUUCAAUAGGUUGUCAUUGUGGUUUUUUUUUUUUUUUUUCUUCUCCGAAGAACUGUUGGUUAAUGGAUGAAUGGAUCUGAUCGAGCUGAGAAAAAAUAUGCUAGAUGCAUGCCUUUGAGUAAGAUUUCUGCUGCCUUUAUGCAGUGAAGCCUUUUUGCUUUGAGUAAUUCCGAUCCAGUUGACGUCUGGUCGGAAUUAGAGAGAGAUUCACGGAGACUUCCGAUUUCUUGCUGCAUGAUUGCCUUUGCUGCAAGUGCUAGUUUUGCAGCCUUGAACCUGAUGCCACAGGAGAUGUCUUGCAGUACUGAGACUUCUCGGUUUUUAGGAUGUGUUUCUCCAAACCAGAGUUGUGUCAUGAGGAUUGGAGCUCUGAGGUGGACGAUAGGAAAUGCAAGCCUGCUUCAAGAUCCCAGCAUUUAAGCCUGAUGAUUUAUUAGUCUUCCCCUAGCGACACACAAAAUGCAUUUAUUUUCCCUAUUCAUAUUGCUUUUAGACAAGUAGAAGUAGAAGAAAGCCACAAGAAGUCAGAAAGAUGGCAAAAAAGGAAUGGAUUUGUUUCCAGCUAGGUGGAAUUCAGGAUUUAAAUUACUGACGUAGGUCAAUGGUAGGGUUUCCCUUCUACCCUCCUUGGCUUUUAAUCAGCCUGGGUGUCUUCUCCCCUAAAGGAUGAAGAGCACUGACAGCCAUUGCUGCUUAUAAUCGGUAACUCUGAUGUUUGGAGUGUUGGCAAUGAGAUAUUUUCAUGAGACCUAUUUAGAUCUCUCCACUUCUACCAGGCUAGUUUUGCAGAACAUUGGGAAUAAGCGCUAUGUCAGAUAUGGAUGAGACUCCGAAGAUGACCUGCAUGUUUUACAUUUUUCACAAAUUUUGGGAAAUAAAAUGUAUGCUUGCUGCUCUACAGUAACUUUGGAACAGGACCUCAACAAAAAAAUGCAUAUCUGGAUGCUGCAGACGAUCGCAUUUGCUUUAACAUCACUAGUCCUUUCCUGGGCAGAAAGCAUCGAGUAUUAUGGGGAAAUCUGUGAUAAUGCGUGUCCUUGUGAGGAAAAGGACAGCAUCUUAACAGUGAGCUGUGAAAACAGAGGGAUCAUCAGCCUUUUUGAGAUCAGUCCACCAAGGUUCCCUGUUUACCACCUCUUGUUGUCUGGGAACCUUUUGAACAGGCUGUACCCAAACCAGUUUGUCAACUACACGGGGGCUUCGAUUUUGCAUCUGGGGAGCAAUGACAUACAAGACAUCGAAACUGGGGCCUUUCAUGGUCUGAGAGGUUUAAGGAGGCUGCACUUGAACAAUAACAAGUUGGAACUUUUACGGGAUGACACUUUCCUUGGGCUAGAGAGUUUGGAAUACCUACAGGUCGAUUAUAAUUAUAUUAGCGUCAUUGAACCCAAUGCCUUCAGCAAACUGCAUUUGUUGCAGGUGCUGAUUCUCAAUGAUAACCUCCUCUCCAGUUUGCCCAACAACCUUUUCCGUUUUGUGCCCUUAACUCACCUGGACCUGAGGGGUAACCGGCUGAAGCUGCUGCCCUAUGUGGGCCUCCUGCAGCACAUGGAUAAAGUGGUGGAGCUGCAGCUGGAGGAAAACCCCUGGAAUUGCUCUUGUGAGUUGAUUGCUCUAAAGGAUUGGCUGGACAGCAUCUCAUACUCUGCUCUGGUGGGAGAUGUGGUUUGCGAGACCCCUUUCCGCUUACAUGGUCGAGACUUGGAUGAAGUCUCUAAGCAGGAGCUUUGCCCCAGGAGGCUCAUCUCGGAUUAUGAAAUGAGACCUCAGACACCACUGAGCACUACAGGGUAUUUCCACACCACCCCGGCCUCAGUCAACUCCGUGGCCACUUCCUCUUCAGCUGUUUACAAAUCUCCCUUGAAGCCCCCUAAAGGAACCCGCCAACCCAACAAGACAAGGGUGCGCCCCACCUCCCGCCUGCCCUCAAAAGACCUGGGAUACAGCAACUAUGGCCCCAGCAUUGCCUACCAGACCAAAUCCCCGGUGCCUUUGGAGUGCCCCACUGCCUGCACUUGCAACUUGCAGAUUUCUGACCUGGGCCUCAACGUCAAUUGUCAGGAGAGGAAGAUCGAGAGCAUUUCUGAACUUCAGCCCAAACCCUAUAAUCCUAAGAAGAUGUAUUUGACGGAAAACUAUAUUGCGCUGGUACGCAGGGCAGAUUUUGUGGAUGCCACUGGGCUGGAUUUGCUGCAUCUGGGCAAUAAUCGGAUCUCGGUCAUUCAGGACCGGGCUUUUGGGGAUUUAACUAAUUUGCGAAGGCUGUACCUGAAUGGGAACCGGAUCGAGCGGCUGAGCCCGGAGCUGUUCUAUGGGCUGCAAAGCCUGCAGUACCUCUUCCUGCAGUACAACGUCAUCCGGGAGAUAGAGGCAGGCACUUUUGAAUCUGUCCCCAACCUUCAGCUCUUGUUUUUGAACAACAAUCUGCUGAGGUCUUUGCCAGGGAACAUUUUUUCUGGUCUGUCUCUCUACAGGCUGAGCCUGCGGAGCAACCACUUCUCCUACCUGCCAGUGAGCGGGGUGCUGGACCAGCUGAAAUCCUUGCUGCAGAUCGACCUGCACGAGAACCCCUGGGACUGCACCUGCGACGUGGUGGGCAUGAAGCUGUGGCUGGAACAGCUCAACACCGGCGUCCUGGUGGACCAGGUUAUCUGCGAGUCCCCUAAGAAGUUUGCCCAGAGCGACAUGCGGGCCGUCCGGGCGGAGCUGCUGUGCCCCGACUACUCGGACAUCGUCGUCUCCACGCCCACGCCGUCCCCGGGCCAGCUGCCGGCCAGGACCACCCCCUCCUCCUCCACCGUGCGCCUCAAUGGCACGGCGGCGGCGGGCGGCUCCGCGCCCGCGGGCGGCGCCGGCGGCGGCAGCUCCUCGGUGCCGCUCUCGGUGCUGAUCCUCAGCCUGCUGCUCGUCUUCAUCAUGUCCGUCUUCGUGGCGGCGGGGCUUUUCGUCCUGGUGAUGAAGCGGCGCAAGAAGGGCCAGGGCGACCACGCCAGCGCCAACAACUCCGACGUGAGCUCCUUCAACAUGCAGUACAGCGUGUACAGCGGCGGCGGCCACCACCACCACCCCCACCUCCAGCAGCACCCGCCUCACCGCGGCGGCGGCGGUGGCGGCGGGGGCGCGGCGCUGCCCAAGGUGAAGACCCCCGCCGGCCACGUCUACGAGUACAUCCCGCACCCCCUGGGCCACAUGUGCAAAAACCCGAUCUACCGCUCCCGGGAAGGCAACUCGGGCGAGGAUUACAAAGACCUUCACGAGCUCAAGGUCACCUACAGCAGCCACCCCCUGCCACCCGGGGGGGGCGCGCCGCCGCCCCCGCCGCCGCCGGCGCCCGGCGGGGAGGAUGCGCCGGCGCGCAGCCCCGCGUACAGCGUGAGCACCAUCGAGCCGCGGGAGGAGCUGCUCUCGCCGGUGCAAGACGCCGAUCGCUUUUACAGGGGCAUUUUGGAGCCCGACAAACACUCCCCCUCCACGCUGGGUACACCCGGCUCCACCCUCCCCGACUACCCCAAGCUCCCCGCCGCCUACACCUACUCCCCCAACUAUGACCUUAGGCGUGCCCACCAGUACUUGCACCCGGGGCCGGGGGACGCCAGGCUCCGGGAGACGGUGCUCUACAGCCCCCCGAGUACUGUCUAUGUAGAGCCCAACAGGAACGAGUAUCUGGAGCUAAAAGCAAAACUAAACACAGAGCCGGACUACCUCGAAGUGCUGGAAAAACAGACCACAUUCAGCCAGUUCUGAGAAACAGCCCCCCGCCCCCCUCCCCUCGCCGGUCUCAGCAGCUCCUUCUCUAGAGUAUUUGUAUUUAACAACCACACGCAAAACAAAGAAACGUAAAUGCUGACCUCCCUACACACACACCUCUUCCCCCUCCUCUUUUUUCCCCCUUUAAUUCAUUUUAUUGUAGGGUGAAGUGCCUUGGCACAGGACUUUUCAGCUUCGGGGAAUGAUUCUGAAAGGGUGUGCUGUUCAGUUGGGUUUGGUUUUGGUUUUUUUUCUCUGUUACUGCAUUUGGAAGCCGGAGACCACCUAUUGUGUAAAAUGGGCACAGCACUGGCAGUGUGCGGGUGUCCGUGUGUGUUUGGGGAAGGUGGCAGGAGGUUUCAUGGUUUCCUGUCAGGUCACAUUCAGGUCGUGCUUUUUUUUUUUUUUUUUUUUUUUUUU